CUUCCGUUUUGAAGCCGGAUGAAGAUUUCUGAGAAGCCAUACUCAGCUUCCGCAACGCCCAAAUGCGUAGGUUUCCAAAGACUCCACCAAAAUAGAGCAGGCGACAGUUAUGUGAAGAACUUUGAACCAGGAAGAGUCAACCAAUGUGAAUUUCAGUGUCAAGUAGCUGAGUAGUUUUGUGUUAGAGACACCGAAGAUGAAGACAGUAAAUAUGGCAGCAGUUCUCAAAGCCUGCCUCUCUUCCCUGCUGAUAUUUAACUGUGCGGGAGAUGAAGUUUUACUAAUGAGGAGUACUGAUACAUUUGACAACUGGACGAUGCUACAGUUAGAUGGGGAUGACAACAGUGACCCUCAGACACAGUGGACAAAAAACAAUGUCCUAAAAGCUUUUGACGUGCGAAAUUUCGCAGGAAACCAAAACAAUUGGGUGGUCUCUCCAUUCAUAUCUGUAGAUCCACUGGUCACCUCCGUGCGGGUGAGAAUGAGUUUUAUACUGUACCAAUGUGACUACACCAUAUACACUGUUGACCAGUGCAAACAGUCCUUUAAGUUGUACUCCAAAGUGUCAACCAGUGGACAAACAAUAGACGCAGCUUUUGUGAAUAGUUUCACAGAACGAGGUCAAGUCGAUUUGAAUGACCCCGGCAACCCAGAUAGUAAAGAUACAACCUUUAACAUCACCGCCGGGUCCGCAGGGUUUUACGUAGCGUUGAAAGACGAAGGCGCCCACAUACAGGGCGUGACCAUUGAAGUACAUUACUUCAAAUGUAUUGCUCUACAAAAUGGGUUGAUAUCCUUCCCGGCUUCGUUUCCAUCAGACACUGUGGUAACGGGUCAGUGCGCGCCGAACUCCUCACCUGUUGGGUCCCUGGAGAGGGUGUGUUACAGCACAGGGCAGUGGUCCUCGGGGACGGGCUCUUGUGGAUGCGACCCUGGGUUCGCCAGGAACAGCUCUGGAAAUGCGUGCUAUCGUCUCUCCCCCUGUGACAGUGCCCCAUGUUACAAUGGUGGUGUCUGCUCUAAUAGUGCAGAUGGCAGCACCUUCCAGUGUGCCUGUUCUGGUAUAUACAGUGGCCCCACCUGUGAGAUAGUCCAGGGGUCCUGUACCCCUGACCCAUGCCAGAAUGGAGGAACCUGUGCAGACCUGGGAGGCAGCUACCAGUGUUCCUGUCCCUCUGGCUACAGGGGAUCAGAGUGUCAGAAUACGGACUUUUGUCUCAACAAUCCUUGUCAAAAUGGCGGCAGUUGUUUUAACAAUGGAGAUGGGACGGGAUAUUUUUGUUCCUGUACUGGAGUGUACGAGGGAAGGAAUUGUGAGAGUCUACCGACUACUACUACUACAACUACAACUACAAUAACCUCUGGUUCUGUUACCGUGACAACAGACGAUGCAUCUGUGACUUCUACUUCUACUACUACUACUCGUACUACAGUGAUAGGCACCAAGACGCCCCCAAAACAACAGUCAAAUAAUGACCUCUACAUUGGACUGGGGGUUGGCGCAGGGGUCAUCCUGCUGGGCUUGGCGGGCCUAGGAAUUUACUGCUACUGGAACAAGAAAGGUAACAGGAGGGGCAACAUAGAAAACGGUCCCGGCUAUCUACACGAUGAGAUGGAGGUGAAGAAGCUGAAUGAAAAGGAGGGAGAAUCUGCUCCUCAGAACUCUGAGAAACCAAAGGCUUAAGCUUUUGUCUUUUCACUGAGAAAAUGCAUCUGCUAUUAAAUUCUGAAACACUCAAUAAGGAGUAAAACUGUUAAAGCAUUGUGUUUUGUGUCAAUUUCUUAAUGAAAUAGGUAUUUUUUUCUGUAAAACAUGCACUGCACAAUGUAAAGCCUAAAGUUAACAUGAUACAUGUACCAUGAGACAUGUAGACAUCUUUCUUGAACUUAGCUGUGAAUGUCUUAAUAUGUGGUGGAGAUCUAGUUAGGAAAAUUACCCAUGGUGCUUAGUAGAGAUAUUAUCACAGCAUGUCAAGUCCUCUCUGUAGUUUGAAAAGUUCCAGUAUUUGAAUAUCUGAUAUUUAAUUUGAAAUGAUGAAUCAGAUAUGAUAUGUGUUAAGAUUGUUAUGUUAGUGUGUAUGUAGUAUUUAGCUUUGCUCUUGUGAAGAGAAUCGUUAUUCAGUCAUGUAAACAUAAGACACCUGUAUUUAUUUUUGUUUAGUAGGUUUUUAAGAAAUUUGUAUAGGCCAAUUUCAGCAUUUGUGUAUGCUGAGAGAAAAUUACAUAUUAAAACGUCAAAAACAAUGUUGACUGUAAUGUAUUUUUGCUGCAGAACAUGUUGGAAUAUUUUAUUACUCAUCAUUAACAGUUGCAUUUAGUUCUUUUUUUAUGUGGAAUGUUGUUACUGUAGCAAAAAAAAGUUUCAUCAGUUGAACUGAUAGCAUAAGGUAUACUAAUGAUUAUUUCUUUUUAAACUGUGUUGUUAAAUUAAUGUCGUUUUUAAAAGCACAUUUCAAGGGGUGUUCAUGGAACUUUUGUCUUAUUAUAAUUAUAUUUUUUGUCUUUAUUAAGUUGUACAAAUCGGAAAAUUCUCACCUUUUUACAUGGCGCUGUACCAAAUUCUGUAUCACUCUAGUAUGAACGAUUAACAACAUGGCAUUCUGAUAAGAGAGUCACUUCAACAGAGCCCUUGAGCUUGAGGCAGCCAAUUCACCAGAUUGGUUAGCUUUCACAUUUGGGCUUGUGAGGGGGGGGGAGUCGGUAAGAGCACAUUCUGAACAGCAGACUAACAGAUCUGCAGAUCAAAUAUGGCGACCUACUAAAAAGCUUGCCACUUUAUUCUUGAUUAGACACUGAAUAGAUUCCCUGUGGGGAUUACGCAACAAUCAUUCAAGUGGGUGGGCCACAUUUGAUCUGCGAAUAUGUUAGUUCGCUGUUCGGAAUGUGCUCUAAAACUCAUGCUGGUUUUGAGAAUGGUCUUAGUUUGUCUAUUGUAAGGGCGCAUCCCCAUAGAUUUUAGAUCGAUCUAUCCCAGUGGGGAGUCUCACUAGAUUACUGUCAGAUAAUCCAGCUUAAAUGUCCG